GGUUAGCUAAAGCCUAGAGGAAGGGAGAAGGUCCGAACAGUAAAGUCAGAGCCCGUCACACACACACACACACACACACUCACCCCUCGACUAUUAGACAUUCUCUGGUAAAGUGCUCUUUAGCGCGACAACCGAGUAGGCUACAUCAGGUACCUCAGGGCUGUUGUCUGAUGGACGUGAGUUUGCGACGUCAGUUACGUUAAUAAGCAAGCUAACGUUACGUUAGGCGAUCUCAUCCAAAGUUAACGGUUGUUGGUAAGCGCUACCGACGAUUUUACUAGGUAUUAUAAACAGUUAAUAUGAACUAAGCUAACUUAAUGUUAGCCAAGUAACCUAGAUGCUAAAGUUAACUGUUAACGUUAUAUAUUGGAAGGAUAGUUCUACAUCUCCCAAAACUUUGUUUAUUUAAAAUCUAACGUUAUGGUUAACCGAUUAAUAGAUUUUUACGUCAUAUUGGAUAUUAAGUUAAGUUGCUGAUGCUUAGCUUGUAGCGUUGGAAUAUAUAUGCGUGCGAGCCUGGUCAUUUAUCAGACAACACUAAGUUAACGUUUAUUUACGUUAUACUGUGAUAGCUAACGUCAUUGAGCAAGAGAGCUAGCUAGUUAGCCGAGGUUACUCAUUUUUGCCUGUGUGGGUUACUUCUAGCUAACGUUAAGGUUACUUCUAAAUCAUGGUCGUCCGAAGAACAAACAUUAUCACGAACAAAUGAAGACACCAUAUCAUUUUGUUUUCGUUAUAUGUUAUUGGCGUGUGUGCUAACGUCUGUCUUUGUAUGCACACACAGGUCAACACUAGAUAGUGUAACGUGAACGUCAAGGACUCGAGACAUGAGUUGGCUAACGUUAGCUGGCAAGAAUUAGCCUUGUCCAGGCAUAUCGAAACAGAGUAAGUUGCCUGGCCAACAUGUUAGUAAUACCGAGGUUGACAAUUGAUGAUGUCUGAAAUACUUCUAACGCUACUUGUAAAUACCAUUGUCUAGCGCUUUAACUGUAACAUUUAGCCGUCACUUGUCGAACACGUCGCAUCUAGUGAAUGAUUUAGCUAACCUUACAUAUUUUCUUAGCCUCUGUGGCCUUCGGCUAGCUAGCCUGUGUAACGUUAACGUUAGCGACUGCCAGCCAUCUGCAUCCGGCUCCGUCGCAGCAAGGUUGUUUUUCUCUAUCCGAUUUUUGUGAAACAGUGGAAAGGAUUCAUCGUCCAUACGUUAGUGCACACCUGGAAACCUCUUCAAUUAAUUGUCGAAACGAAGGACAACAGUAGAGAUUACUAGCGUGCCCCGAUGCAGCGAGUGCUUGCACAGAGAAUUCUUCAGUGAGGUGGCCUGCAAGAUCAUCAGGUCAUUUAUCAGAGACGACACUAGAAGACCAGUAGAAAGCAGUUGGCCAGCAGCGCCGCUCGUGGGGGCGGAAUCAACUGGCUGCUGGUGGGUGUGGCCGGCGGGCUGGCUCCACCCCCUCCGGGCGGCAGCCUGCGCUCUCAGCCGCCCCCUCCUCCGCGCUCGCCUGGCCUACGUGCCCGUGCCCAUGCCCCCAGUGCCUCACGGGCCUCUAACGCCAUGUGCGUCCCGCACAGCAUGGAGGUGGGCAAGCACAGUGGAGGCCACAGCCAAGGUCAAACGCCGCAGCAGCAGCAGACUCAGCCACAGCAGCAGGCAGGGGCCGCUAGGCAGCGCUCUGGAGGAGUGCCUCUGGAACCCUUUGUGCACCAAGUGGGUGGCCACACAAGCAUGAUGCGCUAUGAUGACCACACUGUCUGCAAGCCCCUCAUCUCCCGUGAGCAGCGCUUCUAUGAGUCUCUUCCACCUGAGAUGAAGGAAUUCACUCCUGAGUACAAAGGUGUGGUGUUGGUGUGUUUUGAGGGAGAUCUAGAUGGCUACAUUAACCUGGUGGCAUACCCAUAUGUGGAGAGUGAGGGGCUGGAACAGGAAGAGCAGGUUGACCGUGAGCGUGACCAACCCCGCCGCAAGCACUCACGUCGCAGCCUGCACCGCUCCAGCAGUGACCACAAGGAGGAGAGGCCUGUACAUGAGAGUGACAGCAGCGAGAAUUUGCAGGAAUUGAAGAGCCCACGACUUGAACUGCAGAUGCACUCAGAGGUGCCAUUCCAAAUGCUGGAUGGGAACAGCGGCCUUAUCUCAGAGAAGAUUACUCACAACCCUUGGAGUCUACGCUGUCACAAACAACAGCUUAGCCGGAUGCGGUCAGAAUCCAAAGAUAGGAAGCUCUACAAAUUCCUUUUGUUGGAGAAUGUUGUGCAUCACUUCAGCUAUCCUUGCAUCCUUGACCUGAAAAUGGGCACCCGGCAACAUGGAGAUGAUGCAUCAGAAGAGAAGGCAGCACGGCAGAUGAAGAAAUGUGAGCAGAGCACCUCUGCAACGCUGGGGGUGCGGGUCUGUGGUAUGCAGGUGUACCAGAUGGAUACGGGACAUUAUCUGUGCAGAAACAAAUAUUAUGGUCGCGGCUUGUCCAUUGAGGGAUUCAGGCAUGCUCUCUACCAGUUCAUGCACAAUGGUGCACAGUUGAGGCGGGACCUGUUUGAGCCCAUUCUCAGCAAGCUACGUAGUCUGAAGGCAGUGUUGGAGCGGCAGGCCUCAUACCGCUUUUACUCCAGCUCACUACUUAUCAUAUAUGAGGGGAAGGAGGCUGAGGUGUGGACCAAAGCUGAAGCCCUUGCCAAUAAUGAGGACACUAGUCAGGGCCUGUUGCUCCCCCACAAUCCACAGGGCCCCCCACAACCCAUGGAGGCUGCUCCAGGUGCCCAACUACCUAUAGACCUCCUCUCACGGCCACAAGAGCCUCCGGUCCCCUUCCCUCAUCCCCUCUGUGACAACCAAGCCCAUCCACAGCCCCCCAGCGUGGACGUCCGAAUGAUAGACUUUGCCCACAGUACCUUUAAAGGCUUCCGAGAUGACCAGACGGUGCAUGAUGGGCCUGAUCGGGGUUAUGUGUUUGGACUAGAAAGCCUCAUCAAGAUCUUGGAGGCCAUCAGUGAAGAGAGCAAGUAAUUGACAUAAGCAGCCCUCUACACUUGAUUAACUGUGUUUUUUUACCUUUCCUUCUGCAUUUUGUUCGUUGUCUCUGGUCUUCACUCCCUCUGUAUGUCUAACCUCAACUUCAAUUUGACUCUUCACAAAGCCUAUCCUUGAUGUUACCUUAAAGAACUGGACAUUGACCACUAAGAGACAUCUGUGAGAUGUAAAAGCACAUUAAAAAUGGGGAGAAGCCGCUUUGCAUGGAUGCAGCCAAACAGACUCUGGAGAGCUCUUUCGUCUUUUCUUUCCUCAGCCACCACAAGCGAGGAUGAUGCUGAGGGCCAGCAAUCUGGACAAAAAGGCUGCAGUCCCUACUCCCUGAUGGAUAUGAACAGCUUUGGCCCACUAUGUGAAGAGGGCAUGUUGCCACCAUGUGGCCAAGCCGUAGUAUUGUAAAGUAGGUGUGUAUUCACCAAACAGCCACAGCUCAGGGCAAGUUUAGGGUCAGGCCCUGCUGCUACACUGUGGGGUUUGUUAUGCUGGGACAAGUCUGUGUGAUCACACUUUCAGGCAGUUUCAUUAGAUGGCGUGGGGGUCUUAGAAAAAAAAAAGAAAAAAUCAUCCUCCAUAGCAGUAUUACCAAGCAGGGCAAGCCAGUGGAACAGCCCUCAUCCUCCCUGGGAUGAGAAGAGCUGUAUUGUAAAGGGAGUUCUGAGGUUACCAGGUUCCUCUAUACGAAACCAAAAGAAGGUGAACCUAUCCCACCACUUUAUAGACUAAGUGGAAAAAUUACCCCACAGUCUGUUUGGGAAUUACAUAAACAGGUCAUUUAUUUAUUUUAAUUUUGCUUUAUUGUAGCCAUCUUAUCCAAUUCCAUUUUAACGCUGUCAUUGCAUUUGUUGUUGUUUACUUUUCCAGUUUAGCCUGUUCUUCUGGAGACAGCCAUCUCUUUUUCUUUUUAUUGUUUUUGGUUUUAUCAUCCUUUUGUAAUUGUAGUGGACCUGCCUCUACGUGUGUGUGGGGGGCAGUAUGUAUACACACGCCUGAUCCUGCUUCUUAUGGUUGGGCUCCCUUGUGUUACAAAAUACUUUUUUGUCAAAUCCAAAGAGAAAGUACUCCUCAUACCAUACCAUUUGCACUGUAAAACAUUGGAAGGCAUGAUUUAAUUUAUUUUUCUUUCCAUCAAUUUUGUUCUUUUGGGGUUAUUGCUUAGGGACUGUCUAUAAAUUAAUAACACCAAUUUCAGUGUCCUUGUCCUCCAUCAGCACAUGUAGCAAAAUGUACAGAAACACAUUGAGAACUUAACUCCAUCUCCUCCCGUACAGCUUUUCUUUUUUGUUUUGCCUGCGUUCCUUGUCCUCACUAAUUUUGGGAUGUUUCCCCUGUUGUGACACUCAUAGGAUGUCCUCUGUGUUAUUGGAGCCAUUGUACACUGUAUUCAUUGAUCCUGUUGGUAUAUUAAGAAGUGGACUCAUUAAUUUCCUACCCCUUGCACAGAACACUCCAGCAGUAGUUUACAGUGGCCAUAUGUAUUCCUUCAGAGCACUUUGUGAGCGUACCGAUGUUUGUCUGCAGUAAUGGCCUUGAUAUAAAAGCGCACUCAGUUAAAUCUAUGUCCGACUUUCAAGAGACAGUGGCCAGUUCACAGGGUUCUUGCAGUUCACUUGGUCCAUAUAUUACAGUACAGCUGUUGUUCAAGAAGUGCUGUUCAUUUGCACUGAUCAUAGUGGAUCAAUGGAUGGAUCUGGACAGCAGCCGUUGUACCAUAGUCCACAUUAAGCAAAUGUUUCUUUCUGUGCUAGUUAUGACCCUGUCCUUAUUUAUUGAAGAUAUGCUCACGUUUUAACUUGUAUGAAGACACAAAAAUAUUAUGGGGCAGUGAGAUAUUUUUAUCAGUAGGAAGCUGUUAUUCGAAUACAAUUUAGCACUACUAGAUAAUGUUAAAAGUUUAAUGAGACCAGGAGUGGAUGGUUAAGCCAACUGCAAAGGUUAUUUUGGUACCCCCACAGUAAUAAUUGAUUAGGUACUUGGUUGGUUCAGGAUGAAUUUUGUGUUCUUUUUAAAAAAAAAAAAAUGCCUAUGGGCUUUUAGUAGUCAGUUUGUAUGAAAAGAGAGAAAGACAAAAAAAAGUGUUCCUACAGUUGAAGUGAAGAGAUGUGCCAAGCAUAUGAUAAUCCAGCAAUGGGGUUGAAGGGAAAUGAGUCCACAUGUUCAAAUGAUUUAGAUAAAAAGGAAAAGCCCUCAUCUGUGGUAGAUUUGUAUCUUUCCAGAGAAGUUAGAUAUAUUUACAUGUAGAGAAAUGACUAUUACCCCCUCCCCCCCACCCCCCAGAGUUUCCUUUUGUUGUUGCAUGGAUGGAUAUUUUUUUAAGAAAAACCUAUAUAUAUAUAAUAUGACAUCUUUAUGACAACUUUGAAUGUGAUCUAUAAAACAUUUAUUUAAGAAAUGAA